CAUUUUAUGUGGAGGGACCAACUUCCGUUUCCGUUUUGUCUUACGCACUGAUGUAUGUGAAUUGUGCACUUGAAAUUGUAAAGUUUCCUUAAUAUUAUUAAUGUUCAGGAGCAGAUUCGUGUGAAGUUAAGCUAAAGAUACAUUUGAGUGGAGUGAGUUGUGUCGGAUUUAGUUUUCCGUUAGCACAGUACAUGUUAGAACAUUAAUAACCUUGGUGUACAUGUGAGCCUCCAUCAUCCAAACAGAAGAAAUGGCAGGAUUGGGUCGAGUCCUCAUGUCUGUCACUGCUUUGGCAAAGAAUCAGUCAGAAGCUAUAUCACGGCCAGUGUACAUGGUUUGUCGGAGCAAAUUUACAAGAUCUCGUAUUCCUCCACAGGUAUUUGAAGAGCGUUCUAAGGAACAUGAACUGUAUGGUGGUGAUCCAGAGCAGCCACAUAAACUCCACAUAGUGACCCGGGUCAAGAGCACAAAGGGACGACCUUACUGGGAAAAAAAGGUGGUGAAAAGUUUGGGGUUAUUAAAGUCACAUGAGCCCAGAGUACAUAAGAACACACCCUCAGUGAAUAACCAACUGAAAAUCAUUAAGCACCUGGUUAGGAUCCAACCCUUGAAGCUUCCCAGUGGACUACCUUCAGAAGAAGAAAUGGCAGGUUCAUAUCUAAACAGUAAAGGAGAGCUGGUAGUAAACCAUCUUCAAAUGUCAGCAGCACAGAAAACCAUGGACUCAUAAUUCAUCUACAACAGACAGUACAUCUGUCUUGUGUUUGCUGUUGAUUAAACAUUAAAAAAAAACUGUAAUAUGAUUCUUUUUCUUUCAAAAUAUUCCUUGUUGUAAAAUAUCUUCAUCCUAGUUCUGUAAAAAGAGGAAUGACUCUAAUAGGCUAUACUGUGUCAGUGGGUAUAGGACCCAAUAUAAUUAACCCUUUUUUGAGAUGUAAGGACCUGUAUAAGCAUAUUACUAAAUUUUGAGAUGGACAAAAUUAAAGAAAACUUCUCUCACUGAA